CUCAAUUGACUUUGCACUUCUUCACUGCUAUCUGCGUGUGCUUUGAGUGUCUUGUUGCGCAAUGUCUUCCUCGUCGUCUUCGUCUGCGACGCCCAAGGUUCCCAAGUCUGUUAUUAUCGUCGGGAGCGGUGCUUUCGGUCUUUCCACAGCAUGGGCGCUUUGCAGAAACCCUGAGUUCACUUACACCUCAAUCACUGUCGUAGAUCGCCAGAGUUUCCCAACCCCUGAUGGCUCCAGCAUUGACACUUCCCGCAUCAUUCGUCCGGACUACGCUUCACCACCGUACAACCGCCUCGCAAACAUAGCGCAGGACCGCUGGCGCACCGACUUUGCGCCCGAGGAGUACCACGAGACCGGACUCGCAUUGACAGCAUGGGGCAAGGAACAAAAGUACGUACAGACGGCGCUCGACAAUGUCCGCAAGAUCGGAACCGACAAGGUCGAAGUUACCGAUUCGCCUGAAGAGAUUGGCAGAGCCGCGGGUCUCGAAGGAACCGACGCGUGGGGCAAUGGCAGUACAGGCUACGUGAACUGGAGCUCUGGCUGGGCCAACGCUGAGGGCGCUAUGAUCUGGCUGCGCGAGAAAGUCGAGAAGCUGAACCGCGUCAAAUUUGUCGUCAGCAGUGUUAAAAAGCUCCUCAUCGACCACAAGACAAACACCGUCUCCGGCGUCCGCCUCAACGACUCCACCGAACUCACCGCAGACCUCACCAUCCUGGCUGCCGGAGCGUGGACAGCGUCCCUCAUCGAUCUGCGCGGCAUCUGCAAAGCCACCGGCCAAGUCGUCUGCUACAUGCCCAUCACGGAUGCCGAGCAAGAGCGCCUAGCCAACAACCCGACAAUUCUCAACCUCUCGCACGGCCUAUUCAUGAUCCCGCCCUCCAACAAGUUACUAAAGGUAGCCCGCCACGGCCACGGCUACGUCAACCCAACCACAAUCCCGCACCCCGAAUCCGACAACCCCGCCGAGACAAUAACAACCUCCCUGCCCUGGACCGCCGUCGACGACCCCCACCAAGCCGUGCCAGAAGAAGGGCAGCGCGAUCUACGCAACUUCCUGACUGCUAUUCAUCCUUCGCUUGCCGUGCCCAGCCGGCCGUUCACAAAGAGCAAGAUCUGCUGGUACACGGAUACCCGGGAUGGCGAUUUCUUGAUCAGCUACCACCCAAAGUACUCGGGUCUGUUUGUUGCGACGGGCGGGAGCGGGCACGGAUUCAAGUUUUUACCAGUUAUUGGGGAUAGUAUUUUGGAGUGUGUGCUUGGAAGGACGCCAAAGGAUUUCGUGGGUAAGUGGGAGUGGCCGGCUGAGAGGUUGCCGGAGGAGAAGUGGCCGGGUGAUGGGUCGAGGGGUGGGCCUGUGGGGUUGGUGUUGGCUGAGGAGAUGGCGAAGAGUAAGGGGAAGUUGUAGGUUUCUGUUUGUGUAAGAAGGGAAGGGUUGCAUACACAAGGUCAGUUGCAUAUGUUAGCGAUGAUCACAGCUCAGCGUAUGUCAGAUAGGUAUAGUUUAAAGGUUUUGAAUUCGAUCUGUGGUCUCGAUUCGAGCAUACCAC